GGUGGCCAAAGCGGGUGCCGAGACUCCGGUGCAGCCCUUCUUCUCUCGUUCUCCUCUCCGCCUUCCCUCUUCUCUACUGCGAUCAAACCCUAAAACCCCUCCUCACCCCCCCCCCCCCCCUCUCUCUCUCUCUCCGGCUUCCGCUCUUCGACUCAAGCAAAAGGAUGAAAAAAUGAAGAGGAUUGCGGAAUCGACGGUUUGCUUCUCGUGCCGUUUCCCUAUUUCGAUGUGAUGGUCCAUUCGGAAAGCUUCUUUCUGGGGAAUUCUAAUCCUUCUCUCAUGGAAGGCAGAUAUAAUCAGGAGAAAGAAAUAAUGCUGAUGAAUGGUGAUGCUUAUUUAGAUAAAAACUAUGACGAGGAUGGGGUGAAUGGCAGAACAACCACAGAAGAUGAUGAAAUCUCUCAGAAUAUGCUAGCUGAUUCUAUCAAUCAAGAGCCAAUGGAUGGAGGAAAAGCAGCAGCUGCUCCUGAGAAUGACGAUGAUGAUGGUGACAAGGCUGAACUAGAGGAGGGCCGUAAGGUCACUGGACUAGAUGAUAGAACUCCUCAGGUGGGAAUGGUAUUCAAAUCUUAUGAAGAAGUUGUUAACUUUUACAAGCGGUAUGCUCUGCGUGUAGGAUUUGGUGUAGCUGUAAAAAAAUCUUCAUUUACAACUUAUGGUCUCUGUCGCCGGUUAGUGCUUGUAUGCACUAAGGGGGGAAAGGGACGGGCAAGUGCAUGCUACCAGUCAAGACCUACUGCAAAGACAAAUUGUCAAGCUAUGAUCAUAGUGAAAUUAUGGGGUGAUGGGUUGCUGCAUUUGGUGGAAGCUAAUCUUGAACACAAUCAUGCAGUUAGUCCAUCAACUGCCCGUUUUUUGAGAUGCUAUAAAAAAAUGUCUAGUGGAAUGACUAAAGAUCUUGCUGUGCGAGCAGCUGGACAUGAAGACUUGCUAUUUGGUGAUAAGGAUUGUGUAAACUCCAUUGAAGGAGGAAGGUUGAAGCUUGGAGAGGGUGAUGAUGAAGCCAUCCACCAGUUUUUUGCACGGAUGCAGACUAAGAACCCAAAUUUCUUUUACUUGCUGGAUUUGGAUGUGGAAGGUCAUCUGAGGAAUGUGUUUUGGGCUGAUUCUAGGUCUAGAGCAGCAUAUCAAUAUUUCAGUGAUGUUGUUUAUUUUGAUACAACCUGCUUAAAAAAUAAAUAUGAUAUCCCUCUUGCUUUAUUUGUUGGAGUGAACCAUCAUGGUCAGUUGGUGUUGUUGGGUUGUGGUUUGGUUUCAGAUGAAACCACCGAAAAUUACUUAUGGUUAUUUAAAGCAUGGUUAACAUGUAUGCGAGGAUGCCCUCCAAAUGCCAUAAUUACUGAUGAAUGUGAGGCAAUUCAAGGUGCAGUCGCUGAGGUUUUUCCAGAAGCCCGUCAUCGUAUUUGCUUAUGGCAUAUAAUGAAGAAUGUUCAACAGAAAUUGAGAGAUUUUGAAGAAUACAAAACACUUAAGAAGGAUUUGAAGAAAGUAGUAUAUGAUUCGUUGAGAAUUGAUGAAUUUGAAGAAUGCUGGAGGGAUCUGAUUAAGAGAUAUGGCCUCGAAGGUAGUGAAUGGCUUAAUUUCUUAUAUGAAAAUCGACAAUUAUGGGCUCCAGUUUUCCUGAAAAACACAUUCUGGGCAGGAAUGUCCAUUGCUAGACAAAAGGAGAGUAUAACUACCUUUUUUGAAGGGUGUGUAUAUCCAGAAACUUCUUUAAAGUGUUUUUUAAGUAAUUAUGAGAUGGUUUUAAAAACUAAAUAUGAAAUGGAAGCCCAGGCUGAUUUGGAUUCAUUUCAUAAGGGCCGAGUCUUUGUAACAAAAUUACAUAUGGAAGAGCAUCUGUCCAAAUUAUAUACGCUUAACAUGUUCAAAAAAUUUCAGGAUGAGUUGAAGGCCAUUGUUCAUUGUCAGGUUUCGCUUGUUAAGGUUGAUGGCCCUAUCUCUACCUUUGAAGUCAAAGAAUGUGCUUUUAUGGAAGGUGGUGAAAAUGCACAAGAUAGGCAUUAUGAAGUUUUCUACAAUGUAGAUGAGUUUGAUGUUCACUGUAUCUGUGGCUCUUUUGAGUUUAGAGGGAUCCUAUGCAGACAUGCAUUAUCUGUGUUUAAGUUGCAACAAAUGUAUGAAAUUCCAGCUCAGUACAUUCUCCAACGCUGGACAAAGGACUUCAAGCAGCUGUUCGCUUUGGAUCGUUACUCAAAAGAUGUCGUAGGUAAUAAUCAAAUGGAGCGGUAUGAUUAUCUAUCUAUGCGUUGCCUUCAACUUGUUGAGGUUGGUAUGAUAUCCGAAGAGAAGUACCAGCUUGCACUGAAGCUAUUGAGGGAAGUGGAAAAAUCUCUUCUAGAUGAUAACACAUGCCGAGACUUGCAACGUAGGCUUCUGCCAUUUGAAACUAGGUCAAAUGCAAGUGACGAAAAUCAUGCGGCAUCUCAGCUGGGCAUCACUGAGGGUAACAAAAUCCCUAACUCCUUGCCAGUAAAGCGCAGAGGCCGUCCACCCAAGAAAAGGAAAGAAGAGUCUAAUACAGAGAUGAUAUCUAGUCCAAGUAAUCAAAAGGACUCUUUGAGGGCAUCAUCAGAUGGGGGUCAGAGUAAUGUGUUUCAAGCUGCCUCUACUGCUUCACACCUUGGCAGUCAUAUUAGGACACAUGGUGGCGUUGAUCUAAUGGAGGAAGUUAAUCCAAAUGACCUGUCAUUUGGUAACCAUUUUGGACUACAAGCUAACCACCAACAUCAUCUUGGCAACCAGUUGCAGUCUGCCAAUUUGUUACAGAGUCAAUUUGGCCAACAAACAGUUGGAAAUUCAUCAGGGAUGCAGUGGAUAUAUCAACAAAUGCUACAGUGAUGCAGGAGGAUCAUGCACCUUUUGGCCGAAGGACUGGGUAAGCUAAGGGUUAUCAAAGUUUCCACCUCAGGGACUGGGUAAGCUAGGGGUUAUCAAAGUUUCCACCUCAGGUUUGGAGGCUUAUCUUCGAAGUGGGACUUGUAGGAAGUCAUCUAGAUAUGUGUACUGAGGACCAUCAAUACUCUAGGACAGAAGAAGUGCUUCUAGACCACAGAGUCUCUUCUGUAUCUUUAUAACCUUAUGUCUAACUCAAGAGAAUGUGGUGCUCAUAAGCACUCAAUUAAUUGGAAUUUAUCAUGUCCAGUUGCAACAGCUACAUCAAAAGUUACAGGUUGAAGUUCUGUAUAUAUCUACCUAAUUGUUUUAUUUUGUUCUUCGUGGGAAGCACACCUUUGUCAAGCCCUGACCCCUUGUAAUUAUAUGCGUUUAAAUUACAUUUGAUGGAGAGAUAAAUUAUGCUCUCGCUUCAUUGGAUCUGUUAUUCAGUAACAAAUGCAGCACUGAAUUUUAAUAUGAA